GAUCAAAUUAAAAUUUAGAGAGAUGCUAUGAUGAGAACAAAGAACUAAAUCGAAGCGGCCUUGAUAUUGAAACAGCAUUCCCCCUGUCGCUUGACCGUUUGAUGAGCUAAAAAUCAGAUGCAUCAACCUCUAAAGUUCCAGCACUCUGCUUAUCCGCUCUAGGAUCAUUUUCCCAGACGUUGUUGUAUCAUAGUAAAAGUAGAUAUCAUCCUUCGAGCGGUGAAUGGGCUGUUCGGUUAAAUUAUGCAUAUAUCCCACGAAUCUAGAUCUGCGUGUGGUUUUGAUAGUCGUUUAUCAUCGAGCGAAAGGCUGCGUUAGGUAUCCUUCCGAAAUGUCUCUUGUUUGACAAGUAUUUGGUAGGAGGAAGCAACAUUUGCCAAUUCUACUGUUAGAGGGAAAGGAGGCCUACAAGUUGGAGGUUGAUGAUAAUAGGAUAUAUAAACUAGAACAUGCUCGGAGUAGAUCACAGCGUUUCACAGACUCUGAUCGCAGAUAGAUCCCAGCGGAGAAUAGAGAGUGCACUCAAGAUUGAACGAAAUAUUCGCAACGCCUAUCGUGAAGUGUUCAGAAUGAAGUGUUUGAUUGUGUUUUCGUUGCUUACUUUGGGCUGUGCCGUGGCACAGGAUUUCAACGAUGGACGCUAUUAUCCGGAACUGCUGAGGAGCAAGUUUGAUGAUGGACAAUAUCGGCCGGACAAUGGCGGAGCUUAUCGUCCAGGAAGCGCUGGUAGCUUCGUUCAGAGAGGAUCCGGUGGUUUUGGAAAUCGACGAGGAUCCAGUGGUUUCAGUUCUGCAAACUCCGCUAAUCGCUUUGGAUCAGCCAACGGCAACAGAUUUGUGAAUAGCGCUCAAGACAAAUUUGUGCCAGUAUUUGCUCAGGCACCCACAGCAGUAUUUGCCCCGGUAUCGUCUGGUUUUGGCGCCAGCAGCAAUAACCGAGGAUUUGGUAGCUCCGGAGGAUCAAGUGCAUCUCGUGGCAGCCAAGACGGUGUCAAGGAAGAUACCCGUGAAUUGAACGAAGAUGGUUUCUUCUAUCGGUUUUUGACCGAAAACAAUAUUGAAGUCGCUCAAACCGGACGCAUCGAGAAUCGCGGCUCCGAUAACGAAGUUCUGCGCACUAAAGGAUUCUACGAAUUCGUUGGUGAUGAUGGCGUACGUUACCGAGUAGACUACAUUGCCGAUGAAAACGGAUUCCAGCCAACGGGUGAACACCUGCCAACACCACCUCCAAUCCCAGAGGAGAUCGUCCGUUCUCUGCAACUGCUGAGUCAGGGAUAAUUGAGCGUAACCAGAAGCCUAUAGUGUUUAAUUUUACUUAUACGUUCAGAUAUAUACGAAAGUGCCAUAUAGUAUAUUGUUAUUCAUAAAAAACAUUCAAAACUCAUUUUAAAAUAAAAUUGUAUCUUUUAAACCUUA